GGCAACACUCAAACAUACGGUGUCGUGGUGAGUAAAUCAGAGAAGAAGAAGCUCGAGACUAACGCCACCUGUGGUAUUCACUCUGUUGUGUUUGACACACAGGCUUCUGAGGAUUUCCAUGGAUUAUAUUGUUAAACAUCAGUGAUAUUAAGCUUUUGUGAUUUUUUUUUUCCCCCAGUCGGUUCAAUUAAGUAGUUUAUAGACAGAAAAAAAGGGUCACUUUUCCACAUCUGAAGUCGAGGCGUCUUGGGAAAGGAAGAAGCGAUGUCUUACACGUCCAAGCUUCCCGCUUCCUGGAAUGAUGAACGACCACGUCGGAAAGUGGAAAUCGACCUGAGCUCGCCUGGUUUGGCAGUGUUUGAGCUGGAAAGAUUGCUGUUCACAGGCAAAGCCAUCAUCAGCCAUGCAGAUGAAGUGUGGCCGAGGCUUUACAUCGGGGACCAAGACAGCGCAGAAAACCUUGCGGAUCUGUCCAGGCAUCGCUUCACUCACGUCCUGAAUGCAGCUCACAGCAAACGAAGGGGGCAACCAACCACAUACGAGCAAAUGAAGAUCACCUACAUGGGCAUUGAGGCACACGACUCCUGCAACUAUGACAUGAGCAUCAACUUUCAGGCUGCGGCAGACUUCAUCCAUGGAGGACUGAACACAGGAGGGAAAGUUCUGGUGCAUUGUCACGUGGGAGUCAGUCGUUCUGCCACCCUGGUGCUGGCUUACCUGAUGCUGAAGCAGAAGCUCUCUCUUGUGGAGGCUAUUUGUGCUGUGAAAGACAAUCGGGGUGUGAUCCCAAACAGAGGUUUCCUCCGACAGCUCAUUAAACUGGACAGGCAGCUCUUUGGCAAACAUCAUUAAACCACGAGAAACCACAAUCUCAAGAACCUUCAAGCUCCCGCAAUCUGAAAUCAGUUCAUUUCUUCUGGUCUGGACUUGAUGUGUGCAAAGACGAGAUCCUAAAAACAGUUUUUUAAGUUUUUUUUUUUUUUUAUUACAGACAUUCAAAACUCUCUAAAAUCCCAAUGUGAAAACUCAUGAAGGUUUUUAAGUAAUAUGUAACAAUCCACUUCUGUAACAUAAAGACACAGUUGAUAUUUGGUCAGAAGGUGAGCGUGUUAGCUGAUAUCGUCAGAAAAAAGAAAAAAAAAAACUCUGUGCCCCACCUUCUAAACUUGUGUGUUACAAAAUUACAUGUGUACACUAACUAUAUGCUGUUUGAAAUAAUUGCACAAUAUUUAAAUAUUUUCAGGAAAGAAAGUUUAAUCAAAAAUUAAGCCACACUGUCAUUGGCUGUAGAUUCAGGUUUUUUAGCUGUCCAUGAACAAAACAUCUAUUUUUAAUCCACACAGUUUUAAUGUCCAGAACAGUUUUUCUAUUAAGUGCAUUGUAUUUUUACUGUGGGGAUUGUGUAUGCUAGUCUUCACAUAUUUAUCUGCAGAGAGCAUAAAAUGUCGUUUUUAGAGACUAUUUCUGUAUCACAGCCAUUCAACCACUUCAGGACAAACCUCCAUACCAUAGUACCUUAAACUUUUAUGAAAUGAUACAAAUGUUACUUAGUCAUGUUGGAAACUUAACUUGUUCUUGAGCUGGUUAAGUUUUUUUACAUUUAAUUAAGCGUGCAUUAGCACAUGAUGCUCUCCAAAUUAUGUCUUGUCAGGACAUUUAUUUUUGUACUCAAACUUUCUUUUAAAUAGUCGAAAUAUAAGACUUUUUAUAUAUAUCUGAGUGACAAAAUUAAGUUAUUCCUCGACAAUAGUGCCACCUGCUGGACGGAAUUGCUUAAAUCUUUGGAGAUAAAUUCUAAAGAAAAAUUGAAACUUUUUCUGUUGUCCUAAAUGUUACACUUGCGAUGUUGGAUGCAAAGGUAUAGUGACAAAAUAUAAGAUAUAUUCUUUGUUAAUAAUGUGACUGCAAUACCGACAAGAGCAAUGGUGCAAAUUUGCUUUUGUUCACGACAAGCUUCCAUCUCCGUUUUCCAACACAAACCAUUUAUCUUGGUUUAGACUUAUGCACCAAAGAAAAUCUGAUUAAUGAGCAAUGGCAAAAUUUCUUUAUUCUGAUACCUUAGAUGUUUUGCUUUUAAAUCCAGCUUUUUUGUCUUCUGGUCAAAAAUUAUACUUUAUCCCCUACAUAUAAAAGAAUCCAGAAAUGAGACUAAUCCCUUUGUGAAAACCCCUGGAGGUCUAUGAUCUCCUAAAAUCAAGUUUUGCAGGACAGUCCAGUUCCGGUCCUCAAGAGCAACACUCCUACACUACAAGCUGCUGACGCUAUUUAUGGGUAGAAUUGCAAACUCAAACAUCUGAUGUUCUGACUUAAAAUUUCAAAGUGAAGUCAUUCUGCUGUCUUUGUGAAUGGAACACUUUGUUCUGCAAAUAAAAGACAUUUCAAAGCAUA